AUGUGUAGACAAAGAGUAGUUUAUUACACCAUAGUGGUCCUAUUAUUAAAAAUAACCUAUUCCUAUGUUUUGGCUGAACAAAAUCACUUAAUUCCAGAACAAUGGGCAUUAGAAGGCAUGCCCUUUUUAUCAAUUAUUUUUGCAACGUCGGAAUAUUUGCCGGCUGGGCCGGAAGACACACGGAGAUUUUUGCAUGACCUACUUAAAGGUUCUCUAUGGGCUACGCAAAUGUUCGAUUCUUCUACAAAAUAUCCGGAUGGUAUAUUCUACGGACAUACAAGACAUCUAGGAAAUUUUGAUGAGUGUUAUAACAUACAAGUUAAUAUCACAGAAGAGGGUACCGAUGUUCAUGAAAUUAAUGGAAAAUAUUGCUUAAUCGAUAUUAUAUAUAAGAAGAAGCAAACUACAUCAGUCCAACAAAAAUCAUCAGAAACACAAUAUAUGAACAAUUCCUUAGACAUAACCAAUUCUUUUUGGAAAGUAUUAGAGCAAUUGGAAGGUCACCCAUAUCGUAUACGCAGAAAUCGUAUACAAUUGGCUUUGUGUGUACCUGCAGUGCGGAAAAUAUAG